AUGAAACGAUACAACCGGACCGGCCAUUUCCACCACACCUCCUCCGAGAACUCGGACCACAACAAUGUGCUUGUGUCUCCUGUGCUGGUGGCAAGUGCAGUCAUAGGUAUGGUCGUCGCCAUCUCCUGCGUCACCAUCAUCGUGGGCAGCCUCCGCAGGGACAGUCAGGGCGGGGCCCAGCAACCCCGCCGCCGCCGCCGGGAGUACGAGGAUAGCCAAGAGUCGGACGAGCCCACGUACUGGAGCCGUGGGAUGCGCUACGCCUGCAGCCUUGUGGGGGACUGGCCCCCACCCGCGGACCUGAGCCCUGGUGAGGAGGCGAAUGCCAUGGUGCUCCAAGAGCUGUACAGAGAUUCUCCACCAGGUUACGAAGAGUGCAUGGGGCCAGGGGCCACGCAGCUGUACAUCCCCACGGAUGCACCUCCACCCUACUCGCUGACCGACUCCGGCCCCGAUGGAUGCCAGCAGGCGCAGAGCGGCCUCCGCACCAUCUCCAUGGAUGCCCUGCCCACGUACGAGGCUGUGUGCGAGGUGCACCCUCCAUCCAGCCUGCUGCCACUGCCAGGCCCAGAGCCAGGGCCAAGGAGCCUCCCGGGCUCACCCGAAAGGGUCAUGUGA